AGCUAUCACUGCCACAUCUUACAUAAUUUAGCUACCAAAUUUCUUGCCAUUUUAUUUUGUAGUAACGAGUAACAGAUUUGCUUAAGGUAAAGUUCAAAUCACCGUGCGAAAUAUCAUUGCAGUGGGUGGCAGUAUCGUUCGCAAAGAGUAAACCAACGAGAAAAAAAGAAGAACAAAACGCCCGAAGAAAACCGUGGUAAAUAUAGCGAUUACCCUGGUGAAUUAAGUGCUGCUAACCAGAAUCUCUUGCACUUAUUCGCAUUAAGUGAUAAUAUGACAAACAGGACGGCAUAUUUUUACGAUCCAGAUGUUGGAAACUUCCACUAUGGAGCUGGACACCCGAUGAAACCCCAUAGGUUGUCCUUAACUCACAGUCUCGUUUUGCAUUAUGGCUUAUACAAGAAGAUGAUGGUUUUUAAGCCAUACAAGGCUUCACAACAUGACAUGUGCCGUUUUCAUUCAGAAGAUUACAUAGACUUUUUGCAGAAGGUCAGCCCAAACAAUAUGCAAGGUUUCACAAAGAGCCUCAACACCUUCAAUGUUGGAGAUGACUGUCCUGUCUUUCCAGGGCUCUUUGAAUUUUGCUCAAGAUACACUGGUGCAUCAUUACAAGGGGCAACUCAGUUAAACCAUAAGAUCUGUGACAUUGCUAUCAACUGGGCUGGAGGAUUACAUCACGCAAAAAAGUUUGAGGCUUCUGGAUUUUGCUAUGUAAAUGACAUUGUCAUCAGUAUACUUGAACUGCUCAAGUACCACCCACGUGUUUUGUAUAUUGACAUUGACAUUCAUCAUGGUGAUGGGGUGCAAGAAGCUUUUUAUCUUACUGAUAGAGUCAUGACUGUUUCCUUCCAUAAAUAUGGGAACUAUUUCUUUCCAGGAACAGGUGACAUGUAUGAAGUUGGGGCUGAGAGUGGUCGGUACUACUGUCUGAAUGUGCCAUUACGUGAUGGAAUUGAUGAUCAGAGCUAUAGACAAUUGUUCCAGCCAGUCAUCAAGCAAGUAGUGGACUUUUAUCAACCAACUUGUAUUGUACUUCAGUGUGGUGCAGACUCACUGGGCUGUGACAGACUUGGAUGCUUCAAUCUUAGUAUACGAGGCCAUGGGGAAUGUGUGGAGUUUGUAAAGAGUUUCAAGAUCCCUCUUCUUGUGCUAGGAGGAGGAGGCUACACUGUACGCAAUGUAGCUAGAUGUUGGACAUAUGAAACAUCUUUGCUAGUUGAAGAGUCUAUAAGUGAUGAGCUACCAUAUAGUGAGUACUUUGAAUAUUUUGCUCCUGAUUUCACACUUCAUCCAGAUGUUAGCACAAGGAUUGAGAACCAGAACUCUAGACAGUAUUUGGAGCAAAUUCGUCAGACUGUCUUUGAGAAUCUAAAGAUGCUGAACCACGCACCAAGUGUUCAGAUUCAUGACAUUCCCUCAGAUCUGCUGAGCUAUGAGCGCACAGAUGAUGCUGAUCCUGAUGAGAGAGGUUCAGAUGAAAACUGUUCCAGGCCUGAGGCAUCAAAUGAAUUUUAUGAUGGCGACCAUGACAAUGACAAGGAGAGUGAUGUGGAAAUCUGAUCUCCAUCCUGUGGAAAUGUUCUGUUCAUUUUUAAAAGUUUAGCAGUAUUUUGCUUAUUAUGGCAGCCAGCUCUAAAUGCAUUUGUAUAACUGUACAAUUGUAAAGUCAGUAAUAAUAGACAGCAGUAAUUUGCAAAUCCAUUUGACCACUAUUUGAUUGAAACAGUACAAAGAAAAGUUUAUCUUAAUUUUUAACACAACAACAAUGAGUGUCCUUAGUUAUAUAACAAAAAAAAAACCUUUAGCUGCUCAACAGUCCUGGUCAUUUUUUGCACUUCAUAAUCCACCACAUUUUUUCCAAUUCUGUACAAGUCUGGAUAGCAAGGAUGCACUGCACUCUCUUAUUCUGAAGCCAUACAAAUUUACUCAGUCUUGCUGAAACAUGCAGUAGGCUCUAAAAAAAAUCAAAAUCUAGAUUUACAUUUACAGCAUUUUUAAGAUACCUUUAUUCAGAGCAAUUUACAACUGUGUAAGGAAUAGAAAUUCAGCAAUUAAGGGUUAAUGGCCUUGUUUAGGGGCUCAACAGUGGCAACUUUUUUUAUUACUUUUUGAUUAUUAGUCCAGUGCCAUAACCGCUGAGCAACCACUGCCCUAAAAGUAGAUCAAAGUACAUGUUGCUCCAAAAUAAGUAUGUACCCCUUAGCAUUAAAGGUGCCCUCACAUAUGCAAGUUUCCCAUGCCACUGACAAUAACACACCCCUCAUACCAUGACACUGGCUUCUCAACUUUGCGUUAGUACCAAUGAGGAUUGUCCCUUUCAUUGUUGGCCUGGCAAUCUGUUACUUUCAACAGUUAAACAGGUAAACUUUUUUUUAGAAUAGGUAAAACAAUACAUAUAUUUUUUUGCACUGAUUUAAAUAUAGACAAAUAGGCAAUUUGACAAGUCACUGCUUUUUAGUUAGAAUUUACUUACUGUACCAAUUUUUUUUGGUGUUAUAUGAAUGCAUGCUUUCAAACAGGAAGCACUUGCCUGAGUUGCUUUUAUUAAAUGUUUUAGUGUGUUUUUUUUCCUAAUUUGACAUUUGCAGACUUAUAUAUAACACUGUAAAGCUGUGGUGAAAUUUUAAACAACCAUUUAUCACAAUGCAGUGUCCUAUCGAUAUUUAAAUAAAAACAUUCCACAAAUUAAAACAUAAAGACCCAGAACUUUAAAUACUGUGUCCUACAAAAAAAUGCAUAUUUGUUUAAUAUUGGGGGGGUGGGGGGACCCAAAUUCUUUAAGUCAAUUAUCUCCCCUGAGAAUCAAACUCUUAGCACUAAGUUCUGAAUAGAUGAAGUGUUAAUUGAACAUUAAUAGCUAACAUAUACAGUAGUAACUAAUAAGUAAAUGGACUAACAAAACAGUAAUGAGAAAAGUAUAAACAUUUAAACACAACACUAUUA